ACUGAUGCUAACCCGUUAGCAUUGUUUACAGCAGAGCGCAGAGCAGCAACCCUCCCCCACCCGGCUUAUCCAGCCUCUGCGACCUGACAUGCUAGCCAGCUAUCCGCUGUAAAAGCGACCAUAGAUCCUUAAAAUACCGCUGAACACAGAGGGCAUCCUGGAUGAGACAUAUCCAUCCAAAAAACACAAGAAACGGCCUUUAUGGGACGCUUGUUCGCUGGACGUUACGACGCGAUGGGCAGCAGCUAGCGAGCAGUCCAAAGCUAGCUGCAGCUAGCUGGUCGGCUAGCCGGGGUAGGAGCUCCGCAGACCCGCAUUUAACUCGUUUUUUGGGGCCUUUUUAAAGCUAGUUUCCGUGCCAUGUCACCUUUAAUUUAACCGAUAUUUUUUUGUAUGUGUGUUGAGUUAAGUUACCAAGGGAACGGCUUUCUUUUUGGGAUAUGUAGGUCAGUGGAUAACCGAUGCUAGUUAUGUGGGUCAUCAUCGCGUUGACCUGUUAGCAGGAACAGCUGGUUAGCACGGCAGCUAGCUGGCCGAGGAUACUUUUAUUAUUUAUUUAUCAGUCAGUUAAAACAAAAAAGGCAAUACGUACACGUGCUUGUGUUGGCGAGGAUUACCCUGCAGAUUGUGUAGGUUAGCAUAGCAUCGAGUGGAGCAUUUUAAUUGUUCAUAUUUUGGAGUCUUCGCUGACCAUCUUCGGCUAACGUAGCUAGCUUAGCUGUUAGCUAAGUUAACCGAGCAGCUUCACUGAUUAACCAGGACUGCACGGGGUCAUGCUGAGCGAGGCGGCGUGCUUCCUCCGUGCCUAGCCGGGGCGCAGCGUGGAUAGUUUUCGGGGGGGUUUGGCGAGCGGGGGGGGCAUGGCAUUUCACGGCGCCGGCCGGCAGACCGUGUGCGGAGACCUGUUCCCGGGCUCGGAGCUGGGCCACAAGUACUUCUGUGUGAACUCGUCCUGCGGAGCCCCCUCCACCGGCCUCAGCGCCACGCCGUGCCUGACCGGACCCACCGCCCCGGCCGGGACCCCGCGCCACCCCACGGCUCUCGGGGGGAGCGCCGGCGGGGGGGCGGCGGUGCCUCAGCCCUACAGCAACCCGGCCAGCGAGGUGCCCAGCCCGGCGGAGAUGGAGCCCGACCGCCCCAUCGGUUAUGGAGCGUUUGGUGUAGUCUGGUAAAUAUGGAUUAUAAAUA